AUGGUAGUGCGGAAGGAAAAUGAAGGCCAGGAGGCAGUCACCAACCAGAGGGCAGGAUGGAAAAAGCCCCUCCUCCUCCUUCUGUACCUACUGCAAGAUGCAAAUGCUCUAAAGGGUCCAAAGCUGGUGUCUGGGGAGCUUGGGGGAACUGUCACCAUCCAAUGCCACUACAUCCCUGUGUCAGUCAACAGGCACCAAAGGAAGUACUGGUGCCGCGUGGGACCCCCGAGGUGGGUCUGCCUCACCAUCGUGUCCAGCAACUACUACACUCACCACCGCUAUCGUGGCCGCGUGGCUCUCACAGACUUCCCACAGAGGGGCAUGUUUGUGGUGACACUGUCUCAGCUUUCCCCCGACGAUGUGGGGUCCUACCGCUGUGGCAUUGGAGACCAAAACAACAUGUUUUUCUUCAGUAUGAACCUGACCCUCCCCACAGGCGGCCCCAGCAGUGUCCCCACAGCUACAGAGCUCAUCACAGCAUCCAUAGGAACAGCAUCUCUGGCACCUGACAGAUGGACCUCAGGGACCACCCAGGCUGUGGAAGUACACAAGACAGAGUGGGACAGUGUUGUCCCGACUCCAGGAAGGAGCAAGACCACACCUGCAGCAAAGGGAAGACAAGCCCCAGGAACAGCCAAGACAAUAGCUCCAGGCACAGGCCUCAGAGGAGCGCGUUCCAUGGAGGCCACAGCUCCUUUCACAGGGAGCCCAGCUUCCCCACCCAGAACCACAUCCGAUUCAGCAAGUGCAGGUGCAUGGAGCACCGGAAGCUCAACCACUUACAGGGCUGGGACCAGCAUGGAGGAACGGGUGAUGGCAACCACUGAGGCCUAUGAGCCACAGCAGGAAACAGCUGGGGAGGUCCCAGAAGCCACUAGGCCAUCAGCUUCCAUUUCAGGAAGCUCAGCCUGGAAAGGCCUCCAAGAAACAACACCUGUUUCUACGCAGCAAGCCCUGGAUGCCACAGGAGGCACAAGCCCAGACGCCGGGGUGUGGCUCUCGGAAGACCCCAGCACAGAGACGGCAUCUAUGGAAGAAAGCACUGGUGGGGAGAUGCACAUCACUGCUGGGACUAGUGGCCCCCAAGCAACGCCCAGCCUGGCCCCAGCAGCAAGCACACGGAGGUCUCCUGGCAAGGAGUCUUCAGUGAAGAGUGCUCUUCCGGAAGAGGACAAAAGCUCUUGGACCCUGACCCCGGUCCUGACCACACUGGCUGCAUGUCUCCUCGUAGCUCUCACUCUGCUGCAGUGGAAACUCCGAAAGUGGAGAAGGAGGAGAAGGACCUUUCGGGAGGCAGAACAGGCACCAGGGAUCACCCUGGUUCAGAUGACACACAUGCUGGAGCUGUACCAGGACCAACCCCAUGUGCAAAUGAAGAUGCUCCGCCAAGACUCAGCUCCUACCCAAGCCAGUCCAAUGUGCUUUGAGCAGGACCCAGAAACCUCUUAGUCCACACAGACAGAAGACCACGACUCAGCACCUCCAAGCCCCAGCCUCUUCUCAACCUGAGCCACCUGCAGAACACAAAGUGAUGGAACCGGGGCACCAUCUGGGGAAGUAUAUCUUGACCAUCCUGAGACUAAGAAUAUCAAACUUUCUCCUUGGCCAAA